AACCCCACCGCACGCGAGGCGGCCUCCAUGUACGGCACCGCUGUGGCCAUCUUCCUGGUCAUCCUGGUGGCUGCAUUGCAGGGCUCAGUGCCCCCUGAGAAUCCCUUCCCCUACCACGUCCCCCUGGACCCUGAAGGAACCCUGGAACUGUCCUGGAAUGUCAGCUAUGCACGGGAGGAUGUCCACUUCCAGCUCCUGGUGCGGGGACUCAAAGCUGGCGUGCUCUUCGGCAUGUCCGACCGCGGAGAACUCCAGAAUGCUGAUCUCGUUGUACUCUGGACCGAUGGGAACAGUGCCUAUUUUGGGGAUGCCUGGAGUGACCAGAAGGGGCAAAUCCACCUGGACUCCCAGCAGGAUUACCAGCUACUUCGGGCACAGAAGACCCCAGAAGGCCUCUACCUGCUCUUCAAAAGGCCCUUUAGCACCUGUGACCCCAAGGAUUACCUCAUAGAGGAUGGGACAGUGCACCUCAUCUAUGGGAUCUUGGAGCAGCCAUUCCUGUCUCUGGAAGCCAUCAACACAUCUGACUUGCAGACCGGUCUACAGAGGGUGCAGCUGCUGAAGCCCAACAUCAUGGUGCCCUCUCUGCCCGAGGACCUGAACACCAGGGAGAUUCGCGCCCCCAAUGUCCUGAUCCCUGGUCAGGAGACCACGUACUGGUGCUACAUCACAGAGCUACCCGCAAGCUUCUCGAAACACCACAUUGUCAUGUACGAACCCAUUGUCACCGUGGGUAACGAGGCCCUGGUGCACCACAUGGAGGUCUUCCAGUGUGCUGCCGAGUUUGAGAGCUUCCCCCACUUCAGCGGACCCUGCGACUCCAAAAUGAAGCCAGACCGUCUCAACUACUGCCGCCAUGUGCUGGCCGCCUGGGCCCUGGGUGCAAAGGCAUUUUACUACCCCGAGGAAGCUGGCUUGCCCUUCGGGGGGGCUGGCUCUUCCAGGUACCUCCGCCUGGAAGUCCACUACCACAACCCACUGAAGAUCAAAGGCCGGCGUGACUCCUCAGGCAUCCGCCUGUACUACACGGCCUCACUGCGGCCUUACGAUGCAGGCAUCAUGGAACUGGGCCUGGUGUAUACCCCUGUGAUGGCCAUUCCCCCACAGGAGACUGCCUUCAUGCUCACCGGCUACUGCACGGACAAGUGUACCCAGUUGGCGCUGCCCUCCUCUGGAAUCCACAUCUUUGCUUCACAGCUGCACACACAUCUGACCGGCAGGAAGGUAGUCACAGUGCUGGCCCGGGGCGGCCGUGAGAGGGAGGUGGUGAACAGGGACAAUCACUACAGCCCACAUUUCCAGGAGAUCCGCAUGCUGAAGAAGGUGGUGUCUGUUCACCCGGGGGAUGUCCUCAUCACUUCCUGCACGUACAACACGGAAGACAGGAACCUGACCACCGUGGGCGGCUUCGGGAUCCUGGAGGAGAUGUGUGUCAACUACGCGCACUAUUACCCUCAGACGCAGCUGGAGCUCUGCAAGAGUGCAGUGGACCCCGGCUUCCUGCAGAAAUACUUCCACCAGGUCAACAGUUUCAACAGUGAGGAUGUCUGUACCUGCCCACAGACAUCUGUCCCACAGCAGUUUGCCUCUGUCCCCUGGAACAGCUUCAACCGAGAGGUGCUCAAGGCGCUGUACAACUUUGCCCCGAUCUCAGUACACUGCAACAAGUCCUCAGCCGUCCGCUUCCAGGGUGAGUGGAAUCUGCAGCCAUUGCCCAAGAUCACCUCCACACUGGAAGAACCACCCCCGCGGUGCCCAGCCCACCGUGCCCAGAACCCCAGCGGCCCCACUGUGGUCAACAUGGGCGGGGGCAAAAGUUGA